UAUACAAAGCUAAAUUAAAUAAUUCUAUGCAUCUCAUUUUCUUUUUCAUCACACAAGAAGUCCAAAUUAGAUCCUCCAUUUUUUUUUCUUCUACUUUUAUCAUGAACAAUACAAUUUUGGAAGAUAGUGAAGGUCCAAAUGAUGUUGAGUUAAGUGAAGAAACUUUUGGAAAAAAUUAUGGCUAUGGAAUUGGAUUUUCACUUGGAUUGCUAGUAUUAUUUUCAGUCAUGGCUUAUGCUUCUUACUUAUGUAUCCAAUCGCGAUCGCGAUCGCGCAACAAUUCUAACAUGCCUAAUAAUAAUAAUUCAUCAUCAUCAUCUUCUUCUUCUUCUCAUGGUAGGUCUACAAUUGUUGGUGAUGAAUUGGUUUUUGUUCAACAAGGUAUUGAUGAAGAAAUUUUGAGAAAUUAUCCUAAGUUAUUAUAUUCUCAAGCAAAAGUUCAUUAUUAUUAUCAUAAAGAGGAUGAUAAUAAUAAUAAUAUUGAUGAUGAUAUUAUUGCCUCUGGAUGUUCUAUUUGUUUGGGUGAUUAUAAAGACAAUGAUAUGUUAAGAUUAUUGUCUAAUUGUGGUCAUAUUUUUCAUGUUAAAUGUAUUGACCCUUGGUUAAGGCUUCAUCCAACUUGUCCUAUUUGUAGAAAUUCUCCACUUCCAAUGAAAUAAUAAAGUUUUGAGUACAAUCAUUUAUCAUUUUUACUUUAAUUAUCUGAUAUUCGAAACUCAUCGAUCUGAUAUAUUUAAAUUUGU